UACAUUGUGUAUUGCAACAGCACGAACUGCGGCAGAGCCCAGACCAUCAUCUUCCUCCUCAUCUUUAAUAGGUGAUGAAGCAGGCUGAUAGCGCAUUAGCCCGUCAGAGGAAGAGCAGAAGCUAGUGUAUAAAUACACCAUGCCAAGGACAGCGUGGCGCGCAGCCUGACCCGCGUUGCCGUGACAGGGGGAGAAGGACUGGAUGAUAUCGCAGAGUUCAGCAAUGCAGGGUCCUGGCUCAGUCAGAACGAGGAAGGAGGACAUUUCUCUGUACCGGGGCUUGAAUGAUGGAGAAGGCUGCAUGGGACAGGAUGGCUCCUAAAUGAAGACCUAGAGUCCUAGAACGUCACCCUAUUUAGUAUCUGUGCCGUCCAAGAGGUUGAGUGUCAGUAGUCCUGCUGUAGUAUAGGAAGACCCUUGUUUACUACUGAAGACGAUGGCUCACAAGCUGUCCCCAGGAGAUGUGUUUGAGAGGAAGCCCAGGGAUUCAGUCUCUUCACUAGACUCAGACAAACUGCCCCCAGCUGAAGCAACUGGGGAGGAAUCUUCUGAUAGUGAGGGGGAGCAGGAGGGCAUCUCUCACAAACUGAUUCGGAAAGUAUCUACCUCUGGCCAAAUCCGGAGUAAGAAAAGUGUCAAAGAGGGGAUGCUUCUGAAACAGACAAGCUCUUUCCAAAGAUGGAAGAGACGGUACUUCAAGCUUCGGGGGAGGACAUUGUACUAUGCCAAGGAUUCAAAAUCUCUGAUCUUCGAUGAAGUUGACCUUUCUGAUGCCAGCGUAGCUGAGACCAGCACCAAGAAUAUAAACAACAGCUUUACGAUCAUUACUCCAUUCCGUAAACUGAUCUUGUGUGCUGAGAACAGAAAGGAAAUGGAGGACUGGAUUGGAGCCGUGAAAUCUGUGCAGAAGUGGGACCAUAAUGAGACAACCCAAUUCAAUAUGGAACACUUUUCAGGAAUGCACAACUGGUAUGCUUGUUCACAUGCUCGUCCCACCUUCUGUAAUGUGUGCAGAGAGGCAUUAUCUGGUGUUACCUCCCAUGGACUGUCUUGUGAAGUUUGCAAGUUUAAAGCUCACAAACGCUGUGCUGUUAGAGCUAUUAAUAACUGCAAGUGGACCACACUGGCAUCUGUGGCAAAUGACAUAAUAGAAGAUGAAGAUGGGGUGACAAUGCCUCAUCAGUGGCUAGAGGGUAACCUGCCAGUCAGUGCGAAAUGCGCCGUGUGUGAUAAAACGUGUGGGAGUGUGAGAAGACUGCAGGACUGGAGAUGCCUGUGGUGCAAAGCUAUAGUACACAGCUCCUGUAAGGAACAGCUUGGCAAAAUAUGCCCUCUUGGAGCUUGCAGAGUCUCUAUCAUACCACCUAUUGCCCUAAAUAGUAUUGACUCUGAUGGAUUUUGGAAGGCUACAUCUCCUGCCUCUUGUGCUAGUCCACUCCUUGUCUUUGUUAAUUCCAAAAGCGGAGAUAACCAAGGUGUAAAGUUCCUCCGCAAAUUUAAGCAGUUCCUGAACCCAGCUCAAGUUUUUGACCUGAUGAAUGGAGGACCACAGCUUGGGUUGCGCCUGUUCCAGAAAUUCUCUAACUUCCGUAUACUUGUUUGUGGUGGAGAUGGCAGUGUUGGGUGGGUCUUGUCAGAAAUUGACAUGUUGGGCCUUCACAAACAGUGCCAACUUGGGGUUCUGCCACUGGGCACUGGAAAUGAUCUGGCGCGGGUUCUUGGUUGGGGAAGCCUCUGUGAUGAUGAUGCUCAACUGCUCCAAAUACUUGAGAAGCUGGAACGUGCCACCACAAAAAUGCUGGACAGGUGGAGUAUUUUAACGUAUGAGUCUCCCAAACACUCACAGCCUUCAGUCAGAGACGAGGAGAAUGGAGAAUCUAAGUUUCAGGUGCAGAUAUCCCAGUAUGCUGAUUCUGUUGCUUUCCACUUGGCAAAGAUCCUGGAGUCUGAUAAGCACUGCGACGUAAUUUCCUCUGCUAAGUUCCUGUGUCUUUCUGUUAAUGAGUUUGUUACUGAAGUAGGAAAAGCAUAUGAGAGGGCAACAGAAAACCGUGAAGAAGCAGAAAAUAUGGCAAGAAAGUGCUCCAUGCUCAAUGAAAAGCUAGAUUCUCUAGUUCGGGCUCUAAAUGAAGAGUCCCUGGCAUUAUUGCCCCCUUCCUCACACAACCUACAUCCUGACUCAGCACUGAAGGAAAACAGUAAAGACGUGAAUGAAAAAGGGGACCACCUGAAUAAUGUGACCAAAAUGUUCAAGUCUAAAGAGCAGCUCAUUUUGAGGGCAAAUAGUCUAAAGAAAGCACUUAAGCAGAUUAUUGAGCAAGCAGAGAAGGCGGUGGAUGAACAGAACAAACACACUCAGGCCUUCAGUAAUCCUGCUACAUCUCCUCUCCAGAAAGAAAGCUCAGAGGACUUCAACAAGGAAACUGACAGGCUCGCCUCCAGACGUCCAACUGUCUCAUCUACGACAUCGUCUAUAAUUCUGGAUCGCCCCUUCUCAUUCAGUCUUUUUCACUUUACUGAGGACCCCGAUUCAGUACAAUUCUUAGAGAAAUGCACUAUGAAUAAUUACUUCGGGAUUGGCCUGGAUGCCAAAAUAUCACUAGAGUUUAACAACAAGAGGGAUGAACAUCCUAAAAAAUGCAGCAGUCGGACACGAAACAUGAUGUGGUAUGGUGUGCUGGGAACCAAGGAACUUCUCCAGAAAACCUACAAGAACCUGGAGCAAAGAGUCAAGCUAGAGUGUGAUGGUGUGACCAUCUCCUUGCCUAGCCUUCAGGGUAUUGCAGUUCUUAACAUCCCAAGCUAUGCUGGUGGCAUCAACUUCUGGGGAGGGACCAAAGAAGACAAUAAUUUUGGCGCCCCAUCAUUUGAUGACAAAAAGCUAGAAGUGGUCGCAGUCUUCGGCAGUAUCCAGAUGGCAAUGUCUCGUGUUAUCAAUCUUCAACACCACCGCAUAGCACAGUGUCGUGAGGUAAAGAUUACGAUCCUGGGAGAAGAAGGGGUUCCUGUACAGGUGGAUGGAGAAGCUUGGGUGCAACCCCCUGGAGUCCUGAAAAUCCAGCACAAGAAUCGUGCGCAGAUGCUUACAAGGGACAGGGCAUUUGAAAGCACUCUGAAGUCUUGGGAGGACAAGAGGAAAGGGGAUAACUACAGAGCCAUGCCUCGUCCAAGACUUCACUCACAACAGUCAAUGGAAUACCUAACCGAAGAAGAAUAUGCACAGCUGCAGCAGCUUGCAAAUUCUGCGGAGAAUCUCAUAAACAGGAUAAGGGAAGCAGCUAAAUGUCACAAGGCUAUAGAGCAAGAGCUGGCUCAUGCAGUGAAUGGCAGCUUUGUUGUACUUAAUGAAGCAUUCUCAAACAAAACCAACAACUCAUUAGAGUUUUUGAGCAGAAAUACAGCUGUUGAUGUGGCCAUUAGUGUCAAAGCACUGUACGCAGAAACAAAGGCAUUCAUGGGAAGCAAGCAGCAAUGGGAUUCCCCUCAGGAGGAAGAAGGUCUCCUUUGCUCACUCAAUGCAGUGAGUCAGGACUUGCAGAAAUUGGCAGAUAUCCAUUGGAUAGCCCACAUUAUCAAGCCUUCAGACGAGGAGAGCAGUGGAGGGGGCAGCAAAGGAAGCUUUAAACUCCGAAUUAUCUCAAAACCAAGAAAGGAAAAAGAAAAGUGUCAGAAGCAGAAAUCCAACAGCUUUUUAACUGUGGAUAAGUGGGGCACCGAGGAGGUGGCUGCAUGGCUGGACGUUUUGGGUAUGGGGGAAUACAAGGACAUUUUUAUUCGUCAUGAUAUCCAGGGCUCAGAACUGGUAUUAUUGGAAAGGAGAGACCUCAAGGACCUGGGAAUUGCCAAAGUGGGUCAUAUGAAGAGAAUUCUACAGGGUAUUAAAGACAUAAGUAGUCCUAUGUAGUGGGAAAUAGGAAUGGACUGGUGUAUCCGUGAAGAGAUAUUUUGUGCAAUGUUGUGCCUAGCUACUUGUUAAUUUACAGCUGAAAUGACCUGAAACAAACCACUCAUAGAGUUUCCAGAAUCCUACCAAAGGCUGUUUGUUAACUGAAAAUACUUGUCUAACUUAACCAUUUCAUUUCAUCACAUAUACAGUAAUGUUGUAAUUCAGUUCAACAGUUAGGACUGUAUUUGCAGCUAGUAAUCAAUUUUUAGAGGCUACUUCCGACCGACCAAAAUUGCGCUUCAACUUUCAGUGGUUAUCAGAAAAAAGUAUGCUUUGAUAUAUAACUUGAUUUCCACAGCAGCUUCUAUGUUGGAUACCAGCUAUAACCUUUUGUGCCAUGGCUCAGCUUUCCAUUAUCCCAAUUAACAAAAGACUCAGUAUUUAUCAUACUGUCAGAUGUGGCAUUAUCUGUUUUUUGGGAAAGUGGACUGGUCCAAGCAAUGCUGCAUGUAACAAAGAAAAUGAGUGAUAAACAAAUGCAAAGUUUACUUAUUCUAAAUGUAAAAUAUAAAUGUGAAGCUGUGACUUGUUAUAUGUGGGUAUAGAAUUGUAGGCUCCUAAGAUGUCUUAGUGAAUGUAGUUCUUUGAAACAAUAUUUAUUGGUGGAGUAGUCAUAUCGGAAUUUCUUGUGAACAGUUGAUAUGUUCUGUUUCUUUACAACUACAUAUAUACUUCUUUCAUUUAUUGCAAAACUCAAAGUUUCAAGAGAUUUCAAAAUUGUAAACAUUUCACCAAAUUAUUUUGCGCCCAGUGGACCGAUUUAUAUGGAAUUACAUUAAAGACAAAAUGAGCAGAGGAAAUUUUUUUCAUGAAUGCUGAACCUGAAAGAUGAUUUAUAGGUAUCAAGAGUUGCUUAGAAAUGUAUAUGUCCAUAUGAAUAAUUGUUUUUUUUUUUAAAA